AUGAAGUCCCAUGUUCUCAGUCAUUCCCUUCUUCUGUUUGGUGCAGUGACUGCAGUGUGCGCCGGCCAAGGAGGAUGGAAAAACGGUCCUACAGCAACCGGACAGACAGACCCCAAUGUUACCACGGACUGUGACUAUUGGGCAAACAAUAUCCAGCUUGGGGACACUUGUGAGACGGUUGCAGAAUUCUUUGGUAUAUCUGAGGCGCAGUUCGAAAAAUGGGUGAUUCCUUACUCUCUGCUCUCCAUUCCACAUUUUGCAGCAUGCUCACCAAUAUAUAUCCAGAAUCCAAUGUUGCAAACAAGCUCGGGGUGUAAGAUGGUCCCUGGAUUUAGUUACUGCGUCUACGGUCCUGCUGGUUCCGCGACUUCAGCGGCUCCAUCAGCCACAUAUGCUACUCCAGCUGGGACAAUCACAUACAAUGGCACCGCCGCACCGGUUCAAACUGGACUUACAAGUAACUGCAUUCUGUACCACUUGGUGCAGAAUGGCGAUACUUGCUAUAGUAUUCAAGAUCAGUACAUGGACUUCACUCUCGCUCAGUUCUACAGUUGGAACCCAGCUAUUUUGGGAUGCAAGGGACUGGUUGUGGGUGACUAUGUCUGCGUACAAGCAGCCAGCUCGACCACUCCAUUAGUUUCAUCGUCUGCCUUCCCAACACAAAGUGGAGUCGCUCUUAAUUGCAACAAAUGGCACUAUGUCGACGAUAACGAUACCUGUGGCUCGAUUCUUUCGGAAUUUGGGAUUACUGCGGCUCAAUUUUACUCUUGGAAUCCCGCUACUGGGUCUAAAUGCAAUAGCUUAUGGCUUAAGACUGAAGUGUGUGUUGGUGUUUCUGGAUCCACGACAUCUCCGACCACUAGCACCGCAAAGACAACUGGGACAGAAACCAUACCCGUGCCAUCACCCGUUCAAAGUGGUAUUGCAUCAACUUGCAUCAAGUAUUACAAAGUUCAGAGUGGAGACACAUGUGAUUCUGUUGAGAAAGACAGGAGCAUCAGUGCAACCGAUUUCCUUGAGUGGAAUCCCGCCGUGGGAUCUGAUUGUGCGAAUUUACAGCUAAACGUCUACGUCUGUGUUGGUCUUACGGGAUCUACUACAUCAACUCUGACCACUACCAUCGCAACGCCGACAGCAAUUGGAUCAGUGCCUUCGCCAGUGCAAAGUGGUAUUUCAUCUGACUGCACUCAGUACUAUAAAGUCCAAGGCGGAGAUACUUGUGACAAGGUCGAGACAGAUCAUAACAUCAGCGCGGCGGACUUCCUUAAAUGGAACCCAGCUGUGGGCUCUGAUUGCAAAAAUUUGGAGUUGAACGUCUAUGUCUGCGUUGCAGUGUAG